AUGGACAAUGGACUAGGGGUUAUCCGAGUGCAGGGAAUGGGGGAGGAGAGAAGAGAUGAAGCAACUGGUUCAGCAUCCUCCAUUACAUCUCCGUUGUGUGAUCACACAUUGACUGGGGCCUUGGACUUGAGGUCUGUAUCCACAGAAAGUGCUUUUCAGACUUUUUCUGCACGAUCCUUGAUAAGAAGACCUUGUCACACAUUUUUUGUCUCUGGACCAGAUGAAGAUAAUGAUUUUCGAUCUAUGACGUUUCCCAGAAAACUCUGGAAAAUAGUUGAAAGCGAUCAAUUUCAGUCUAUUUGCUGGGAUGGGAAUGGAACUUGUAUAGUGAUUAAUGAAGAACUCUUUAAGAAAGAAGUUCUAGAAAGAAAGGCCCCUUUCAGAGUGUUUGAAACUACAAGUAUGAAAAGUUUCGUUCGACAGCUUAACCUUUAUGGAUAUAGUAAAGUGCAGCAGUCUUUUCAAAGAUUUGCUUCUCUAGCUGAUAUUCUGGCAGAAGAGAAAGAAGUCUCUGUUUUAAGCAAGUUACACUUCUUUCAAAAUCCAAAUUUUAAAUGAGGUUGUCCUCAACUUUUACUCAGAAUGAAAAGAAAAGUUGGGAUCAAAAAUGCUUCUCCAGCAGGUUCAAUAGCUCACAAUUUCAACAGGGAGCACAUGACAGG